CCGAGCUCGCCGGCGACGCGCUCGGCAACGACACGUUCGUCAACGACACCGAGGUCCCGGUGAAGGCGCCGCUCUUCCCGCGCGACCUCUUCUCGCUGGAACAGCGGCGGCGCGGCGCCGUCGUGCUGCACCUGCUCGGCGUCAUCUACAUGUUCGUAGCGCUCGCCAUCGUCUGCGACGAGUUCUUCGUGCCGGCGCUCGACGUCAUCAUCGAGAAGCUGGACAUCCAGGACGACGUGGCGGGCGCCACCUUCAUGGCGGCGGGCGGCUCCGCGCCCGAGCUCUUCACCAGCGUCAUCGGCGUCUUCGUGUCCUUCGACGACGUCGGCAUCGGCACCAUCGUCGGCUCGGCCGUCUUCAACAUCCUGUUCGUGAUCGGCAUGUGCGCCAUCUUCAGCCGCACCGUGCUCACGCUGACGUGGUGGCCGCUGUUUCGCGACUGCACCUUCUACUCGGCCAGCCUCAUCACGCUCAUCCUCUUCUUCCGCGACAGCUACAUCCACUGGUACGAGGCGCUCAUCCUCUUCUGCUUCUACCUCUGCUACGUGUCCUUCAUGAAGUGGAACCAGCCCGUGGAGCGCUUCGUGAAGAAGCACCUGUACAAGAACCGGGUGACCCGCGUCCGCAGCACCGACCAGCUCAUGCCAUCGCACCAGAGCGCAGCACAGACGCUGCACGCGAGCAACGCGGCCACGUCGAGCCAGACGAGCGUGGGCGGCGGCUCGGGCGCGGGCGGGUCGGCGGGCAGCGCGGCGGGGGCGGCGGGGGCGGCGCCGGGCGUGGCGGGGGCGGUCACCGGGCCCGGGCUCGUCGUGGGCCGGCCCGUCGCCUCCUCCUCGUCCGGCCACCACCACCACCACCAUCACCACCACUCGGGCACCAAGUUUCGGCACGGGCUGCUGCAGCUCAUGAUCCACACAAUCGACCCGCUGCACGACGGCAAGGUGGACGAGAAGGCGACGCAGCUGCACGCGAUCGCGUCGCUCAAGGUGCUGCUGGACGCGCAGCGGAGCAGCAACGGCGCGGCCACGUCCACGGCGGCCAACCACGUGGCGGCGCAGCAACAGCAGCAGCUGCUCCAGCAGCAGCAGCAGCAGCAGCAACAGCAGCAGCAGCAGCAACAGCAGCUGCUCGACAAGGACGCGGAGACGCGGCUGCAGGACCAGCCCAAUGGCGUCGCCGCGGGCAUCGACGACCAGGCCGUCGACACGAUGGUAGAUGAGGAUGAAGAAGAAGCGAAUGAAGCACUGGAUAUGUCAUGGCCAAACACAGCACGUAAACGGGUCACUUACCUACUUGUGGCACCCAUUGUCUUCCCUCUAUGGGUCACAUUGCCUGACGCACGAACUCCAAGAGGCAAGAAGUUCUUCGUCGUCACUUUCCUUGGCAGCAUUGUUUGGAUUGCUGCCUUUUCAUAUCUCAUGGUAUGGUGGGCAAAUGUUGCUGGGGACACCAUAAGAAUACCGCCAGAGGUGAUGGGGCUCACAUUCCUUGCAGCUGGAACUUCCAUCCCAGAUCUAAUAACAAGUGUCAUUGUAGCACGGAAAGGUUUUGGUGAUAUGGCCGUAUCUUCAUCAGUUGGCAGCAACAUAUUUGAUGUAACUGUUGGGUUACCAGUGCCUUGGCUGCUGUUUGGAAUCAUAUAUGGAAGGCCUGUAGAGGUGAACAGUGUUGGGAUGGUGUGCUCAAUCACCAUUCUUUUCAUGAUGCUGGUGUUUGUCAUAAUCUCUAUUGCUUGCUUCCGGUGGAAAAUGAACAAAGGACUUGGUUUCACAAUGUUUCUGCUCUAUUUUGUCUUUGUGGCUGUCUCAUUAAUGUUUGAAUAUAAAUUCUUAUCUUGUCCUGUCUAGUGAUUUGAAAAUGAGCCGAAAGAGAAGAGCACAAUAUUUUUUUACAGUCCGGAGAGAUGCUUGUUGGGUUGUGAGCUUGGGCAGGCCCCAGUGCUCCUGUUUGUUGCAUAAUGAAAUCUAGAAUAAUGUUAUAUAGAAUUAAAUAUACAGACUGUAGAUAUUCAGUUAAAGAGAAGUUUUAUAACAGCUGAAAGACAGUUUGCUUUUCAAAUAAUUAAUAUGUCCAUGACCGAAGUUAUUGAGUGAAUAAGUGAAACUUACUGAGAAAACAUUUCUUUCACAGACUGCAAAAAUGCCAAUAUUACUUGGCUUGCAGCUAUGAGAGUGGAAUAAAAGUUUGUUGUAGCUAUAUAUUUGUACCAUAGAUAAAUUUGUAUGAAACUUCACAUAAACUCUGGAUAAAAUGUUAACAGCAUAGCUGUUAGUCAUUUAGAGGCCAUAAAUGAAAAACACAUGGUUACCAUUCUCACACACUAGUCCAUUUUCAAACAGCUAAGUAAAUUAGAUGAUAGGUAAUUUUUCGUAUGCUGUUAAUAAUAUAAUAAGGCUCAUGUGUCAUAUUGUUGAAGCUCAGUAAUCACUGCAGAUGAAAUAUAACUGCUAUAUAUUUACAAUAAUUAAGGUGUCCAGGGACAAAUAUAUUUUGUGUAUGAAUCUCAUACACCACUAAUAUAUCAGGUGGAAGUCUGUUUCAUAAGAACUAAAAAUAGGAUAAUCUCACAGUGCAUUUAUUAUGUUCCUUAAACUUGAAGGUGAGUGAAAGCUGUGUUUAUUUUUGUUUAAGAUCUAUAGUUUGUCAUGAAAGUUGUAGAGAUUUAAUGUACAUAGUGAUUGAUGGUCCUCAUUUGGGCUGCCUGAAUAGUUAUUGUUGAAAAUUUUUAUAUAAAUAAAAACUUGGUUUAUAGUACCAGAGAUGAAACAGAAUGUACUACAAAGUGUAUUAUAACAAAUAUUUUUCAUAGUUAUGGUGUGCAUAUCAGUUCAUUUGAUGUGUUAUUUCUAUACAGCACAGGUCAUUCAGAUGAUCUGUAACUUCUUUAAGCUGCAAAUUUCCAGUGUUAAGACACAUGAUUUCAUGCCUGCCAAGAGAUAUCUCAUCUAUAUGGCAGUGUGGGAUGUAGACUGCCAGGAUUUGAAAUCAAGUAUAACUUCCUUAAAAACUUAUUUUAUAAGAUUGCUUUCAGUAUGUCUUCAGCUACUAAAUUUGCAUCUUUUUAUUAAAUUUCGUUUGAACCAACUUGCUGUUAAAUAUGCUAUCUAAAGAAUGACAUGACAUUUAGCUCAUCAACUAACAGUACACAUUAUUAUUUGAUGUAUUGACUCUUAUACAAUGCUCACAAAGAAUAGCUGUGAUACAGGAUAAAUUUUGAAAAGAAAGCUUUUUUUUAAUAAAUCAUAAAAGUUACUCCUUCAUGUUACAGAGUUAAUGACUGUCACAAUAUCACUUACUACUUUUCUCUCUAACCUCUGUUACACAUACCAUCAGCUUUUGUGACAUAAUUACUGAAAACAGUUUGCCAGAUGAAAUGACUAAAAGUUUUUAUAUAUUAGUUACUGCAAUUGUCAGUCCAGCCAUGUCCUUGUGUUGCACGAAUUUACUAAAACCCCAUCUUAGCACAAAUAUUUCUACUGAAGAUGCACAUAUUUCUGCAGGUUUACAAGGUCCAAUUCACGUAAUUCUAUUUUAUAGAUUAACACCAGAUUUUGUAGCCUCAAUAACUUACUUACUUCAAACAUUAUAAAUAACCAACAGUGCACUAUCUACAGAUCACAACUUUUACACGUUUUUGAUAGAUAAAAUUAUGGAAAUAUAAUUUCACAUUACAAAAUUAAUGUUCUAAAGAAGAUCAGUGGAUGCUAUAGAAAAAUUGCACAACUACAAAAUGAUCAUGAGUGAAUGAAUGUUAAGAAUCUGUUAGAAUAUAUGUAGUUAACAACUAAAUUUUGUAGAAUGCAUUUGAGUGGAUGAGUGUUAAUAUUUUCUUGGUUAAUAUAGCCCUCAAAAUCAGAUAUAUCUAUUGCAAUCCUGCUAUGUGCUUCUAUAGAAUUUAUUUUUGUCUCUGCUCCAGCUACACCAGACAUAAAUACACUGUAAUAUGUACCAGAAAAACUAAAUCCUGUGACAUUAAUUGUAAGAACAAUACAUACACAACCCUCAAAAGCAGAUGCAUGAAGUGUAGCACAUCCCUCUCCUCUGUGCUGUCCUCAUUUAGUUUCAUUCCAAAUACUAUUCAUCUAAAAGUUAAGAAAUUUAAAGGCAAAAUCCAAAUAUAUAAAGUGACAUUAUAUAAGGAAAAAAGCAUUUAUUUACUAACCACUGAGGCAAAAGCAGCCAUAUCAGUGCUGAGUGACAAACACAGAAAAUAUAAUUUUACUUUGUUAGUUUCUUCAUGAGGAAGAUAAGCAGUCUGAAAAAUUAUGAUUAAAAAAAUUAAUCAAGGAAUAAAGGGCAAGUCACUACAAAGCAGGCAUCAGGGCAACUAAAGCAACCAAUAAGGGAAUAGAACUAUCAACAACUUUAAUCGUUGAGGCUCCAAAUUCAGACAAACAACAGUGAGUCAGACAUAACAAACAGAUUGUUGUGAGAGCUAAAACCUGAAACAGAAUUACAGGUUAUGGAAAGAAACAAGAGAUAUUCAGUAAAUAUGAGAGACAAAAUGAAUGGGGAGGAGAAUGAUGGGAUGGUGUGCACCAAAACAUUUCAAGUACUUAAGUCUGUCAUUCAUCUGAGCUUUGUUUAUUCCAGUCUCUUCUCCUUCCCCUCUGCUUUUCCAAGAUUCUGACAUUUUUACUUCUGGUUCUGUUGCUUAUAGUGUCCACUUUCAUAUAUGUCCAUACCUCCACAAUUUUUCUUUUCCUUUCUAACUCUUUUUUUCUGUUAUUCAUUCUCACUUUUUUGUGAUUCAUAUUUUGUCUCCAUCCUCACCCUGUGAUAUCAUUAUGGUCUGAAACUACCAUGUUCUUUUCUAAUACUCAUAAUCUGGUUGACUAUGACUCAUUUUCAAUCAAAAUUUUAAUUUUUCUAUCCAGUAGUACCUAAAAUUUCAUAGGCAGAUACUUUUACCACCACUGGUAUGAAAUAUGGAACAUCUUUCCAUUUCUCCCUUAUCUAUAGUGUUUUACUUUGUAUUCUACUAUCUCUUGUCUACUUCUUGUCCCAGUAGAGGAGCCUCAACAAUAAAAAAAACUAAAAUUAAAUAGAAAGUUCUGAAAGCUUUAGGUUUAAUAUGUAAUUUAUCUGUUUGUUUGUCAGUCAACUCUGGUAUACGUUCUCCUGUCCCACUGACUGGUAAGUAAAUACUUUUUUCUGUUCCAGAAAGUGUGCAGUGAAACAGUUUCAUUUAUUAUAUGUAACACAUGCAGAUUUGUAAGUUUGUAGCACUGAAGUUGGCAGUUUGAUAGAAACUACAUUCCUGUAAAAUGGAAAAGAUUCUGCAGAAUGUCACUCAAAUGUUAUAUUAUUAUAUAUUAUGAAAUCCUUGGUGAAUUAAUGAAUUCUUUAACCCAAAAUAUUACUACUUCAGGGCAAAGCCAACAAACGUCAUUCAUUAUGAGCUUUUUAAGAGAUUUGAUCUUCUCACUACUGAAGUGUUAUUCAUUCUAAGAUAUUUUUCCUUGUGUGCUCAAAAGGUCUUACUGUGAUUUCACACAAAUUCCUGAUAGCAUCAUUUAUUAGUACACUAUUUAAAUUUUAAUUACUAAUAUUAUAAAUAUUCCAGUUUCCAUAUGCCAGUAGGUGAAAAGCACCUCAUGACCUUGUAACUUAACUGUAAAUAUUCCAUUUUCCAUAAACUAGUAGGUGAAAAGAGCCUUAUGACCUUGUAAUUUAACUGCACCAAUGAUCAUCUACAUAUCUGAUAUGUUGUUCUCUAGCUACUGAGCAUUUAAUUGCUUACAAUCAUAAAACAGCAUCUGUUUCACACAGCAAAAUUCACACUCCCACAUGCCAGUGCCAUGCAAAACAGUGAAACAAAUAAAAAUUCUGUAAUGCGAGAACAUACUGAAUCCAAAAACUUAACGGUACAGUUGUAAUAGCAAUUCUGUUGUGGUAUAGAACAGAUAAAGGAGUUACUCAUACCAUUACAAUUACCAGAUUAUGAGGCUAUUCUGUCCAUGUGUGUGUGUGUGUGUGUGUGUGUGUGUGUGUGUGUGUGUGAGAGAGAGAGAGAGAGAGAGAGAGAAAGAGACAGACAGAGAUUUGAAGAUAAGUAUGUCAAAACAGAAAGAAUCCAAGAAUCCACAAUUGAUCAAAUUACUACAAUUUUUUGAUAGAUCAAUUAUUUAGUGUAUUAACAAAUUGGAAAUUUUUUAGUUUGAGUGCUUGCUGGCAAGCUAUAUUUUUCACUAACUGAAGUGUCUAGUUUGCUUCACUUUCUUACUAACUAAAGUUCACAGGUGUUUUUGGUAUUAUCGGUCUGAAACCUAGUUUGUUUCAUCUGACGAAUUAACGAAUACUACAUCUGGUUCUCAGAAUUUCCCCAGUUUCACACUGAUUGUAGUGUCCAUGCUUUCAAGGAGAUUACAGUAUGACCACUCUUGAAUCAAUUAGGUACCUUCAUUCCAUUUCUUCAUAACAAACUCAAAACUGUUCCUUCGUUAAGAUAGAGAGCAACAUUCUGAAUAAGAACAUGCUCUUUUCAUUUCUGCCAGAAUGAUUUUCUUUGUAUAUUUAUCUAGGAUCAUCAGAUUUUAUAAUCCUGUUCACAUAGGCAUGUGGAACGCUUUGUUUCUGCAUUAAUGUAUGUUGUGUAUAAUAUCUUAACAAGUAUGUUAUUACUAUAACUUUCCUCCUAUAUCCCCAUAAUAAUUUUGUCACAUAGUAUUGGAGGAAAAGAUUAAUUUUCUAUAAGAUUCAUCUAAAACAUGGAAAAAGAAUAAUAGAGAAUGACAGAGAGAUAAUAACAAUGAACUCUUUACAGCAGGCAUGCUGCCAUCAGCAUAGAAAUACUUGCACAUCUUCAAUUAUUUUGUUUUAGAUGCCUGCUAAUCAUUGUAGAGCACAAAAUUUGGCAAGUAACAUAGCAGUUUCCAACAUAAACCAGUUUGAAAAUUCUGAUAAAUUUAUAACGUGCAGGAGAAAUUUUUUCACCUCCAGAAAUCCAAGAAAUUAAGUUUCCAACAAAUAGCAUCAUCAAGGAUAUAGUAAGCAAUUUUGUGCAACUUUCAUUCCAGAUUGACCUUUAUUCUACUAAUUUGACACUUUAUAAUAUUAAAAAGUACAUUUAUUUGUGUAAUACUACUUAUGAAUUACUGAACAUUUGGGGAAACUAGCUUCAGACUGAACUUAAACAACACUGAAAAACAUUUGUUGUAUAAAUAUCUCUAGCUCUUGAGAUGAAUCUUACAUUAAGAGACACAGAAGAGAAACAUCUGCUUACAAAAUAUUGCAGCAGAGCACACACUCUCCCCUCUACCCCAACCCUGUAUGAAAAGCAUCAGAAGCAGCAAUGAACCGUAAUGGCCAAAAUUCAGAUUCCAAAAUACUAUUAAUAUCCUGUAGAGGAGUGAUAGUUCAAACCAAGGGCUUCCAGUUCUGGAGUGUAAAUCAUCAUUAACAGAAUAUUAUUUGGAAUGUAUAAUCUAUCACUAUUCCAGAUUCAUUCAUCCACAGAUAUUGAGUUUGGACCUUCUGUCAAGCAGCCUUGAAUCUCUCCUCCACAAUUCUUCAUUUCCUUUUCCUGUUAAUUCUUACAAUGUUCUGAAAUCUCAAGGUUGUCUAUGUUUCUUAUUGUUUCUUCUCUGACUACUCACACUCUAUUCUGUUCGUUUUUCUCCCAGCAGUUGAUAAGUACAAGCAGUCUCCAUUUCUCAUUUUCCUAUUCUGAAUAUACCAGCUUAAUUAAUUUUAUGAGUGAUAAGUUUGAACUACAACAGCCUUGUUUCAUUGAGAUACUACUUACAGUCCCACUAGUGUCAGAGCCUGUGUUGAAACCCUAUCAUUACUACAAUAAUUCCACACAUAUUGGUUGGUCAACCUAGCAAUAAAAUAAACGAGCAACAUGAUGCAAAGCUUUAAAAUUGAGUGUUUCACUUUGUGGGAACUUCUCAUGUAAUGAACUGCACUUUAGAAAACUUAUAUUAAAUUUUUACACAUGUUGCAAACCAACGGUUAUUUAAUAUCAUCUGUAGCCUCAAAAGCACUUUUAUUUCAUAUCAUAUGGCUAAAAAUGAAAAUGAUAAAUUUAAGCAGAUAAAAAGUUCUAAUGCUUAGAGUUCAGGUUGCAGCUCUAUAGUUACUUACAUGUUCGAUAAGUCACUCGCACAAUAUACAAUACUGACUGGGAAUAUGUCAAUGUACAGAUUAUGAACUUAACUUGUAUCUAAAUAAGGCUGGAUGUCGACCAUCUACAGAUACGUUCACAUAAAUAAAAGUGAACAGAACAUAUAGUUUGCAGGAUAGAAGGUGCUAUCCAGAAGAAAGAUUUUUAACUUACUGCACAUUUAGUUUGCAGAAUCACCAUUGGUUCUUUUAUACAAACUGGCAGAUACUGUAUCCCACUUAAAAUCCCCACCAAACCUUGCCUCAGAGUUACUCUUAUCCCAACUUUUUUGAGUUUCAUUUCCACUCUUUAUGAUAAACUCACUGUCUCUUGAAAUUCACACUUAAACUUCCCUACUGUCAGGCGAACUACACAUUCAAAUUGGUGGAUGGGUUUGGUGAUUUUAGCCUUCAAAUUUUGGACUGUGCUGUUUCUCACAAUUUAACAUCCUACAAAUUGCACUCUUGAAAUUAAGAGUGAAAAUAAAAUCAGCAGUAUUUAAGAACAUUUCUGGCAUGAUACACUAUUUUCUAUUAGACUACAUCUUAAGCAGUGGACCCCUAUUGCUGUCUCUCAAAAAUGAGUUUAUACAAAUUUUCACCAGCUGUUCCACUAAAAAAUAAUACUCAUAUUUUCAAUCAAAUUAUAAACACGUAUGUUACAUUAAGAUGCCACUAGAAGUGUGUUAUUUUUGCCAGUAUAAAAGUUUAUCGUUUUCAUUUCAUUUACAAGAGUGCCUCUAAUCAACAUUGUUUAAGAGGGUAAAUGGUUGCAGAUAAACUCAUGAAAAUACUUGAUUGUAUGAAGAAGAUCAUAAUUCAUAGAAACAAGAUGGUCAAGUAAAUGAGAAAGAAAAAGACAAAGUUUGAAAGCAUAUGACCCGCCUCACUUUGGCAUUGUUCACUUUCCUUCUCAGCAGUUCCAUUGGACUGAAUAGUUUUUUAUUGCCUAAAUAGUGUGCCACCAAUAUUAUGUGAUAUUUUAGUAUUUUAUGUUCACAAUACAAUUAAAACACAGUUUUAGUUGGGAAAAUCCUCCACAUUUGAUGGAAAGAGCAACAAAGCCAUUGAUAACCAAUUUUUAAAAAAAAAGAAAAAAAACAUUAUUAUCACAACAUAGCAAGGUAUUCACCAGGAGAAGGAAUGCCAGCAGAAAAGGCAAACAGGUGUAACAUCAUGAACAAAAGACAAAAGAAACUCAAGAGUUUCAAAUCAGUUCUGAUCAGGGAAUGGUAGUGAGGGAAAGUAUGUUCACUGUAUAAAGGAACAAUUAAGGAAGCACAUGCAGCAUGUCAUGAAAAUGAAGAGAUAAGAGGAUAUAACAAAUUAGAUAUUUUUAAUAAGACAAUCAUGUGUUCAUAAUUUCUAUUUCACUAUAUUCUAAUGCAGCUUUCUUAUUCUAUGGCCCUAAGGCAAUUUUCAGACUAGUGUUACUUGCAGUUUCUUUAGGUUUCUUUCUGUAACCUUUUAUUACUUAUUCAUAAAAAAAUAAUCCUUCCUUCAAAAAGCUUGUAAUUGAGUCAUCUUCUAUAACUGAUUAUUGAAUGGCUCAUUGUUUCCAUUAAUAGACACCUUUAUUUGAAGCUACAUUUUCUCUUUCCUUCCUUGGAAACUUUUUUGUAUGAUUAUACACUAACUUUAGUAUCAUUAAUAUCAUCAUAGAAAUACAAAAUUUUGUGCUGUCUGUAAACUAUGUUUCUUAUUGAACUCAUGCUACUGUUUUUAUUUUCAUACAGAAUAUUUACCUCUUUUCUCCAGUCCUCACACAUUUCACCAGCCUUAUCUCAUUCCCUUGUCUGUAACAUUUCUUAACAGUUUAUAUUUCCUCAACUGCUUUCUAAAAUAUUUCAGUGCUCCUUAAUGUUGGACUGGCUUAUGCUUUACCUGCUUCACCUUGUAACUGAUAUUCUGUUACUAUUGCUCUUACUCAUAAAAUUAUGCACAAGUCUUGUCUUUUCUAGAAUGGUACUUCGUGAAGUUCUCAUGCCAUACUGGGUAUAAAAAUAUUUAAUAGGCAUUUUAUUUCUUCUAAAGACUACAAUGAAUGUCUGCGUGUUGGUCUUUCCCCACAAGUUAAAAGUUUCUUACCAAAAUCUUCAACAAACUAAAUAGGUAAAAAUAUAACUCUCUUCCUCAACAUCAGGCUCUUGUUAUUACAAGUUUGCAUGUGUUACAUUAUGUAUUUAUAAUUCAUUUUUUAAGUGUCAUUAGAAUAAUCUUUAUAAACUGUUUUUCUCUUUCAAUUUUUAAAGUUACUGUACCUGAAAAUUAAGGUAUCUGUUGCCAAAAUGCCAAGUUUCUUAACACAGUCUAAUGAACCCAAUUUUUUAAAAAUGAAAACUUUUAUGUUCUCAUGUCCUAAAUGAAAAGUAUCUUCACCACAGCAUCAACCUCUUUCUAUUGAAGGUGCUUCAUGCUUCAUUAUAAUCAAUUCAUUUCAAAUUUUUGUGUGUAAUGUAUAACAUCUCAGAGAAAUUACAUCGAAUUUGUAGUCAUUUCUAUGAUUUUAAUACAUAACAGAUAAUCUGAUAUACUUUAUUUUUGCAGCUAUUCUGUGAAUAUUCUUUAAUUAGGAAAAAUGUAUUCAAAAUGCCACAUAUGUGUCACUGGAAUCACUACAGAACACUUUUUGAGUGCAUUAUGUACAUUUAAAUGUAAUUGUGCAGUUAUCCAGACUGUGUCACAAAAAUGCAUAAAACUUAUGGCACAAAAGACUUGAUAUAACAUUACCUUGAAAGCUUAUUUGAGAAUGGAACCCUUCUAUGCUUCGACCAUAAACUGCUGUUCUAAUAUGACAAAGUGCUUCCAUUCUAAAAUGUCACGGAGGUGCAGUCAACAAUAUUAAUUCUUAAAAAACUUCAAAGAGUGAUUAAUAUUUGUACAAGUGCUCAUAUUUAGUGAGUGGUUGUGAAAGUGUUGAAGUGGUGGAAAGCAAUUCAUUCUGCUACAGUAACAGACAAGUGAAUAUGUGAUCUGCAAAUUUCAGUGUGAGCUCUAAGAAAACUCUUGUGAGCUUUCUUGUUACAACAAAUAAUAUUCUGUGAGAAGUGAACUAUGAGGAAUAAAGUAUAAGGAUGAUGACUUCCAUAUCAUAAGUAAAACUUCUCUUUCAUACGAUUAGCAUACUAUACAGAAGCAUUUGUAAUAUUGCUGGCUUGCACAGCGAUGAGAGCAAUAAAUGUAGUGGCAUGUAGUGAGUUAAUUAUACUUCUUGUUAAGUCUAUACACCUAUCGAAAAUGUGUCUCUUGUGGAACUUUACUUCUCAAAAAGACUCAAGUUCUCAACAAUUUUAAGCAGUGGUUGAAGCAGCUAUGUGUGGUACAGAGAGACUUUGUCCGAUAUGCAUCAUCUGAUGGACGGAAGCAUAACUAAGCAAAGAAUAAAACAUUAAAUUAGGAAAAGAUAAAUAAUGUUAUAUUAAUUCUAAGAUCUGAGAAAAAGUAAUUAGAUAUAGCACAGAUUUAAAAAAAAUGAUUGUAUAAUUGUUUAAUAUGCUGUUAAUGUAUAAUAUAAUAUUUUUUAAACAAUAAUUGACGUAAAAGACAAUAGUCCAAUUUUUGAAAAGCAUGUACAUUGAACAGAAUGAUGCAUUUCAAGAAUAUGUUGUUUCAGGAGCCAAAUCCAAUAGUAUGUACUUAAGUUACAUGGUUUCAAAGACAUUUUUACAAUGAAGAGAAACAGUUUCUAAAUUUUUUUAGAAAAGACAAACACCAUAAUAUUUAUGAGACAGCCAUGUUAAAUCUUUUUGUAAUAGAAAAAUGGAAAAUUCCAUGUCAUACAUGUUCAUUUUGGGUACAUGUAGACUAUUAAGUUAGCCAAACCAACCCAAAAUUUGUUGUCAAUAUUAUUGUGAUCAUUACACAACAAUGAACUAAAACAAUUGUCAUCAAAGUAUAUCGUACUUCAAUAGGAUGCUCAAAUUAAUGUAAUGUGUAAAAACUUCUUUUAUCUGUACCGCAUACAUAAGAUUUAAUGAAGCACAGUACUCUUUCUUCAUUCCUGAAAUUCUUAUAUAAACAUGUCUCUUAAUGAAACACAAAUGUCAUAUCCAUUUACACAACACCUUGUGUCAGUAACAGUAUCACCGGUACUGUUCGCACACCUCAUACAUCAGAGAAGUUCUAUUACUGUUCAUAUCUUUUGUAAAAAUAAGAUUAACAACUUUCCAAUCAACUGAUUACCUUAGUGGAUGAGCUAAGACUACAUCAACAUAGCAUUAAUCAAAUACUAUAAAAAUAUUUGCCAUUUACUGUUUUGGCUCAAACAUAGUUUCAACUGUUUUAUAUACCUCAUAACAAAUAACUUAAUAUUUUAAUUUCGAACAAGAAUAUAAAUUCAUGGAAUAAAUUUUGUUGCUUUAUAGCUUGUAAAAAUUUUAAGUUUAUCAGUUUAGCUACAGUCUGUUUACUAAAAAGUGCUCAAGAGACUAAAUCCUGCAUAUUAAUAUUUAUUUCAAUGGUAAUUAAAACUGUUAAUUUCCCUUUGUUGUUUUAAUACAUCUUAUCUACAUACAGUUUCUCAAACUGGCUGUUUGUUGUAAUGGGGUAUAAACAAUACAAUAAAUUAUAUUACUCUUGCAGCAACACAUUUGCAUAAUUGAUUCAAUGCUAUGAAUGUUCAUUUUUACAACCUAAUUUUAAAUGUAAUUUCACAUUUUCAGAUUUCAGACACAGUUACAUAGUACAGACCAUCUCGGUGAACCAAGAAGUUUAGGAAUCUCUCACACCCGGUAUUACAGUAGAAAGUAAAGUCAUAUGGGUGGAAGAGUAGAAAACAACCAUAUGUCACAACAAAGGACAACAUAACUUGAUGUCACAUAGAGAAACUUGCUAUAUCCAUUAACAUUCUUUUCACGUUGUUACAUGUUUCUAUGCCAUUCAGCCUUCCGAAACACUUUUGUUUACAAUUAUUUUGACUUACCUACGAUUUUUUUUGUCAUAAAUCAAAAUAAUAAAAAUAAGGUAUCAGUUAGCUAUGCAUCUUGGUAUAUAACUUGACUAGGAGAGAAUGACUGAUGAAUAAUACAACAGGAAAAUCACACACUGUUUUCUCCAAAUUAUUUGUUAUUGAAGCAAAUUUUCUGGUAUCCUCCUUUUAACAUCAGUUCAUAACACACUCAACUUAUGUCAAUGUGAUUUACAUGGCACUCUAGCUCUUCAUGUUUCUCAGUAAUUGUCACUUAGCUUUGUGAAACUCUUACAUCAGUACUUGCUUUGAGUGUCUCUCAAUAAUGUUCUUCUGAUGCUUUGAUUCCAUCCAUAUCUGACGACAUCACUGUUUAAAAGUUGCUGGACAUAGUCUUUUGCACAAAUCCAGCAUGUGGUUUGACUAGUAUAGUUUGCUAUCAAUCUGCAAUUCCGGCUGUUUUUAAGUAUCCAUCUUAAUUAUCUGCUAGUCACCUAAUUUUUCUACUAUUUCUUCUUCUUUUAAGUAAGUUUGAAACGGAAUAGACCUUAUUUCACUGUAUUUAAUACAAAAGGCCACAUAUGUUACACAGUUCACAAUAUCAACAAAAAGGCUGUUAACUGACACCCCAAGGAUGACCAAGGAAUUAUCAACAAGUACUGCAAAGUCAUUAGCAAAAAUGGUGGAUUUAGAAUAUUCUGUACAAAGAGGUAGAUUGUUAUAAAAAAUAAUAAUAGGUAUGGGGCCCAGAACUACAUCUUGAGGCACUCCACAUAGGAAGUACCCAUUCUGAUGGUGCUGAGAAACCUUCUCCAAUUUCCAACACAACUUUCUGCUUUAUGUUAGAAUGGUAUGAACUGAGCCACUUUCGUGCUGCACAACUUAGACCUAUUGAUUUGUUAAAAGUAUUUGGCGAUAGAGACAAUUAAAUGGUUUUGUGAAAAUACAAAUACUUAUUCUUCUGUUGGUAACCCCUUCUAUAACCCAAGCCUUUCAGGAAUUAUUCCUUAUUUAAGGGAUGCACCAUACAUGUGGCAAAGGAUUUUACUGACAUGGCUGCACAAGUAUUUUAAUAAAAUGGAGAUACGUUGUCAACUUCAACAGAGUUUUUAUUUUUAUGAGACAAUGAUUCUUUCAAUUUACUAUACAAUAACUUUAUUGCUUGGAAAUGCUGCAAUGUGAUAGGUUUGCUCAUUUGCAGAACAUUUCAUAGUUUGAUUUAUGGAACAUCACAAUCCUAUUUGUCCCAUUACUGUUAAAAAUCUUUUGUUGAAUACAUCAUCAACUAUAUUUGAUAAAAUUGUUUAAUUGUGCAGAUCAAAAAUCUACUCACCAAGCGGCAGCAGAACACACACACAUAAAAGACUUUUGUGGUUGGCAAGCUUUCGGAGCCAGUGACUCCUCCAGGCAGAAGCGUUGAAGGGGAAGGAAGAAGGGUGAAGGAAAAGGACUGGAGAGGUCUAGGAAAAAGGAAAGAUUUUGGGAAAGUCACCCAUAACUGUGGGUCAGGGGAGACUUACGAUACAGGAUGAGAAAGAAAAACUAUAUUUGAAGCACUAACACAAUGGUCCUCAUUUUUUAUUUGGAAAUUUUCUCUACAAACUGCACUUUUCUGUUUACAUUUUACAAAAUUCCAGAUAGUUUCCACUUUAUUGUUGGAGCUGUUGAUUUCUACCUAAAAGAACGUGUUCUUUGGCAUCUGUAUGAUCUGUUAAUACUUCUAUUGUGUAGUCUGUAAUGCCUAAACUUACUGGAAUCAUUUAGUCUCUUAGCUAUGCUCCCUUUUCAUUCUACAAGAACUCUUGAUAUCCUUAUUAAUCAAAGGCCUUCACAUAGAUUUGUAACCUCAUUAAUUAAUAUAUUGAAUUUGGAGUCAAUAUCAAGAGCAGCAUAUACAGGAGAGCAGUCCACAAGCUGUAGUGGACAAUUACAGUUUUCAGUGGUGUGUUUGUUUAUAAUCCUCAAGUUCUGCAGAAUAAAAUUUAAUUUUCUGUGUAUAUUAACAUGGUUAGACUAGAAUUUACAUAGACCCUCUUUGUAAAAGUCUAUUCUUUUCAAUUCUGAUAUAUUCUACAGUAGUACACUAUGGAUGAUUCACAUUGUAUUAGACAGUUUCAGUGAUUGAAGUACAAUCAAACCUCACAUACUCUUCUAACCGCUGUACACAUUACCAACUAUGAACUGCACUCAGUAACCUUUUCUGGCACCAAAAUAAUACUCUUUUUAACUCUGCAUGGAUUGAUGUGCCACAAUUUCUUCUCAAAGGGCGAAACAGACAGAAAAUUAUAAGUUCCUGUAACCUUCUGUUCUUCAGAUAAUCCUUACUUAUUUUGGCCUGUCAGUGCAAUAUUUUCACAGAGAGACUAGGGGAAUGGUGUUUACUGACAAGAAGUUACACUAUCACAAAUAGUCCCCCAAUAACUCCUCCGAGAUGCUGACAGAACCUUUAAUACUUUAAUAAUGCAGAGAAGUCUAUGUUCUCCACUUUUCUCCAAAGUCUCUUCACAAAGUGCACUACCUUUUUCAAUACUUUAUGAUAUGGCCAAAUGUCAGUAGCAAUAACAACAAUAUGGGGAAGAUUGAUUCCUACUAACAACAGAAAACUGUUCCUGUUUUCAUUAUUAAAUAAAAUUGCAAAAGAUAAAUCACUGGUGGAGAUGCUUCAGUCACAUAGUCUGCAAGCUCAUUGAGAUCAUCCCACACACAACAAUCUGUGUCCCACUGCCAUCAGUGGUUUGGUUAAUGAAAUCUGGAUCUGGAAAGCAUGUGUUUGAAAUGCACCCUUAUUCUUACCCUGAUAUUUACAAAUUAGUAAAAGUAGAAAGAAGAUGACUCAGUUUAUGAUGAACACAGCUGCUUCCUUGCCCACCUUUCUCCUGCUAUGAGAUUGCUUCAUAUUUAAUGGUCUCAUCAAUGACAUUUCAAAAGUUAAUGUUUUCAUUUAUUGCUCUGCACUUAGGUGUUUUCUAAUGCACGUAAUCCUUUCAAUUUUCAAGCACUUUGAAGAAAUUUUACAAUGUAAAACAUUUUCAUGGCCAGACUCCAACAAUGAGUAUAAAGUGCUAUGAAUUCAAGUUUUAUUCCCUGAUAGCACUGGGUACUGCUUUUUUUAAUUGAAAUUUUUUAAUGUCAGUAUCACAAUAGUGACCAAUGAAAAUACUAUUAUCAAACAUACUCGGAAAUACACCUAUUAUUAUCGUCAACUUGCUCAAGAAUUAUGCAGAUUAGCAUCACAAAUAAAAUCUAAAAGACUACUCUAUUAUUAUCAUUUACAACAAAACAUUUUAAAUAUUUCAUGAUAUGAUUUUAGACCAGUUAACUGCUCUUUUAAUUUUUAUUAGUGUCACUCAUUGCAGUUUGAAAUUUGCAGGUAAUGAAAGAAUGUUAACAUACUAUUUUUGAUGGAAUACUAGUAUUGAUGUAUCCGUUCUUGAAUAAAUAAAACACAUGAGAAAGAAAUUUUUUUUGGAAAAUGACAGAUCAUAUCUGAGGUGAAAUAUGUUAGAAACAGUAUUCCACAUAUAAAAAAAUUUGCUCACAUAAUCUUUGUGUAGUUGUUGAUUUCUGCAUGUCAUUUUUAUAUUUAAUGGAUGAAAGGAACAACAGCUUUUACAAAAUUGAUUUUGAUAUUCCACUUCACAAUUGCUUCAUUCUUAUACAUUUUACUUCAGCAACCAGUAAACUACACUGUUAUGAAACAAAGCAUAGCAGUAAGUCUGUGAAAAACAAGUUGAAAAUAAAUAAAUAAAUAAUAAAGAACUACCAGAAAAGCAAUCAUGUGCCACCUGCUUCCCUAUACAGUUGAUGUAGUGUGGUGAAACUUGGUUUUGUCUUUACAAUGUCACUAUUAUCUUAGCUAUUAUGUUAUUGCUAUAACCCACAGGGCAGGCUAUAGAUGUGAGAAAACGGUUCCAGCUAUUUAUUUAAAAGCAAGAGAAUAAAAAUUAUAUCACUGUCUUUAUGUAUUAUCCGAAAUACCAUAUUCCUCAAGUGCGAAUAAUCUGUGUAACAUUCGACUGCGUGUUUCAUUGAGUUAUAGUCCCACAUUUUGAGUUCGUUAUUUUUGUGUUCCACGAAUCAUAAUUGAAAUCUCUCACUAUGAUAGUAUGAUUUUUUGGUGACCAAUUUGGCAACAUGCUGGGGAUUAAUACUUAAUUCUGUGUACAAUCUCACUUCGAAUGAAACUCAGGUCAGGUUCUCAUAUAAAACACUACACAGUUACGCUAAUUUCAUAUUUCUGAUGUGGCCAACUACAGUAGUUGUUUGGCAGCCACAUAUUUAUGGUAAGUAGAAUAUUUCCGUGCAGCUAUUAAGAAUAUUAAUUCCAGUAAAAAGUAAAAUCUUCUGUUUCCACUAAUAACAGUAAUCAACAAUACUAGAAGGAACAGAACCAAUAAUAAUCUUGUGGUGUUUCAGUUCUUCAUAUUUUGGUGCUUACUAAGAAACUGGAUGAGGAAUUCUGCCUUAUAAAAGAUACCUUUGGACCUUUAGUUUACCCAGAAGUGAUUGUUGUCAAAUAUUAUACAAGGUUUGUUUACAGUUCACAGUUGAGAUACAUCUCAACAUAUCUCAUCUGUGAACUGUACACAAACCAUGUAUAAUAUUUGACAACAGUCACUUCAUUCAUAAAUGUAAAUAUUCUGUACCAAAUGUGUUCUCUAAACACUGCUAUGUAAUAACAGUUUUGCAGAAAGGAAAUAAAGUAAUCCAUUGAAGAUAGCAAAACAAGUGCUGAAAAGUGUCUGAAUAAAACAGAACUCCAAAAGUGUCUUGCAUAAGGUGGAAUUCCUCAUCCAACAGAACUGAUGCAAUUUGUAAUAACUGAUCAAACAAACUGCAUAAUAUCUGCUUAUUUUUCUGCCAUGGGAAGAAUAAAAAAGUCUAAAGUCAGUUAUCCACAUUGUUUGUUCCAUUCUAGAAGUAAGAACCUGCAGAAUUAAUGCUUUAACAAGUUCAACUUAAUUCUUUAUAGAGAUGUAAUCAGUUCACUAGUCUUAAUUUAAGUUUACAUCAGACAAUAUGCAUAAAUAUUUAGCAAAAGAAAGUAAACAUAAUGCUUAAAAAGGACUGUAGUUACCAAAACAAGGCAAAACCAACAACAACAUUCAGAACCAUGCACUAUCACUUAGCUCAUUGCCGUAUCUUACUCUCUUGACAUCCAACAAUAAUAAUUAAUCAAAACAGGGAAUGGUGGCAAGAAAAAAUACAUAAGGAAAUGACCUGUUCAGCUCUGUGUCUCAGGGAAGAGAGGCAAUGCAAAUCCACAAGGAAAGCAUUAUUAUUCUGUCUUCCAGCAGAAAAGAUUCAACACUCAGGUGGCCGAAUAAUCACCAGGUCAGUAAGCACUUAUCAUGAUGUGAAUGCAAAUUAAAGCUGUUGAGACAUAAGCCAUAAUGUAAAGAAAAUCAAAUUUAUUAGGUAAAGACAAGAAGGUACAAAAUUUGAGGACAGCUGAAGGAUAAGGAGGAAAGAGGUACCAACAAAGAAGUAGUAGUAUUCAAGAAAACAUGAUUGAAAGAAUAGGAAGAAGGAAUGGUGAUGAGUGAGAAAUAAAACAGAUAGCCUGCAUAAUGAAAUGAGAGAUAUUCAACAAUUUAGUUUGCAUAGGAUUAACAUCACAUAAUGCCAGUGAGCACUGGUCUGUGAAACAUGAAUAUACUGAUGCUUGGAAGAUGAGAAGUCAUUUUAAACUCUAGUGAAGAAUAUGAAAUUUGAAAGUUUUCCUGUGACAUUAGCCUAUCCAACUGAAUUUACUUUAAAUACAGCUCUUUAACACUUUACUCAACAACAUUUCUCAGCAUCUCUUUUGACCAGGCUUUUUAUUUUACCUUUCCUUCGCCACUGCUGUAAUUCUUUUUACCUCAUUUCCUUUCAUAUGGCUGUUGUCAUUCUUGCUGUUCUCUGCCACUAUUUCCUCUCUAAAAUAGUAUUAUCUCUUUCACCACAAAAAAUUAUGCAGUGCUAACCACUGCACAGCACAAAACCACAUUAAUGUUUGACACAAUCUCAUACUGACUCUCUCAAAACUUCACACUAAAUGUGUUUUGCAGCAAAGGCACUCCAAAUGAAAGAGCCAGUAGUUUCAAAAGAUACACUGAAACAGGAACAUGUCAUUCACACUCUUUUCUGUGCAUCGACAAGGAGGAAAUAAAUGUACUACAACCAUAAUGUCUGAAAAAUGACGCUGAGGUUCAGUAUGAUGCUGUCUAGAAACAGUGUGGAUUCAUUCUCAUGAUCUUUCAAAGAAAACCUUGCAGUUAUUCCCGAAUAGCAAUUGCUUAUACAUUUCUAUCAAGUUACAUAUGGCAUGCUGAGACAUGGACACUUGCGAAAACCUGUUACAAGCUCUCUUUGUACAUGGACCACACUGACAGACGGCACUUGAUAAAUAGUACUAAGACAACACAGAAGCAAACAACAGACAGAGUGCCCCACAAUCCAGUAAUUACCACAACUAUAAAUUGUGGGUUUGAUUCAUGAAGACCACUGAGUGGUCUGGAGAGUCCUCCUCAUUGUCCAGAAGUCUUGCACAGAAAAAAUUACAAAAUAAAGCCUUGACAAUCGCUUUUGGAGUGGUAAGUGAUUUCAGUUGCCCAGAUAGAUAUUUGAGGAAUACAGUGUGGUAAAAUAAGCUAACUGAUGUUUACAGAUACCUAAUCACUAGAAAAUACAGCUUACAAACCAAUAGUAACAUGACAUGUUAUAAGAACAGUAGGAUACUUCCAGCAAAAGUUUCUUUACAGUAUUCCACAUUCAAAAAUGAUAAUUCCUAUGCCUUGUACACUCACAUUAAUUACUAUUGCACAUAUUCAUUUCUGCAUGUAGAAUUGGAAGUAACACUCUGUUUUCAGAAACCUAUUAAAUAUAUGUUUAUAUUUUCUCACACACUUGAUUUCGAUAAGCAAUCUGCAUAAUUUUGGCUUCUGAAACAAUAUUCAGAUGAAUUUAAAUUGUACUGAUUGCAGUAAAAUCACUUUUAGAAAAUAUCUUCAUCAAGUGUCAUAACAAUAUCAUCCCUUUCUGUAAACAAUUUCAAUUUUAAGUUAAAAAUCAUGAUUUUACCAAAAAUGAAACUGUGGAAGGGAACAUUAUAACCUGCUGUUCCACAUAGCUCAUUAUUCUUCAAGUGCCUAGAACUGCAUGUUUUUCUCUUUAUUUAUAGGAAAAUGACAGGUCAGAUAGUGGUAUGAAUUCUAAAGACCUCAUUUAGGAUAUUGGACAUAUCAAGAUGUGACUUUGACAUCUACAAUACAACGUGUUUUGACAGAACCAAAAAUGUACUACAUGUAAAUAAUCAGAUGUCUUAAUAUUAACUUCCUAUAGGUUUCUAACAUAUAUUGUUAGAGCAGAAACCUCGAUAAAAUGUUCAAAUCUUAAAGUAGGCAAGAACUAGCUCCAUAAAAAAUUCAAGCCAUUGUUACUGUUCACAGAAUUACAUCCUGUUAUAGAGGAUUGUUAACAUUUAUAGAAUUAACCAAAAAUAAUGUUUGUGGUGUUCUGAAGUAAUACGAAGCUAGCUCACUUUAAAAAUCAUUAUUAUCUUUGCAGCUCAAUUCUAACAUUUAUUCAAGUAAUGUUUCACAUGCUUCUUCCUUUCUUAAAAUCAUAAAUAACUUUCAAGAAAAUAAGUAUUUGUUAGAUGUUUUGUUAAUUAUAUUAGCUGUAUAGUAAACAUAUAUUUUAACUGAGCAUAUUUUGGAAAAUUUGAGAAAGUUCUCUCAUCUGAAUUUUGGAGAUAGCUACACAAAACUAGUCUCUUCAAUAAUGUGUAAUAUUAUUCAUUCUGAUGAUUGAUGUCAGAAUGACAGACAAUACUAUGUAAAAUACUUGUUUUUAUUGCAGACAAGCCAGUGUUCUCUCUUCUUCAUUGUUUCAACUGUUUAUAGCACAAGAUAAUGUGUAACUAUUUUUAUACAGCAGUGAUAACAUUUUAUUGUGUAGAAAAAGGACUGUAUUUAGAGUCUUAAUCUCUUGCUUAAGCAUUCUAGCUGUGAAGCUGGUAGGCAACUAGCUUAUUAAAUUGAGAAAUAUUGUCCUUUCAAGCUGUUUUUCUGUUUUUACUUAAACUUAGACACGGUCCUUUAUGACAUCAUAAUUACAAAGCUUGAAUCAUCAGUGCUACUGGGGAUGUCAAUACAUUAAAUAGAUUCAACAGUAUUUCUUAAUUAUCAUAUCACAACACAAUAAUGUUACACUGUGAACAGAAGAUGGUAUUACAAGCAAGUGUUAGAACAGUUUGAACGUUUUUCCAAAAUAUUGUCUCCUUCAUCUAAUGUUUUGCAUUGAAUAACAGCAGAAAUAUUUUAGCAUUCUUAAAUAUACCACUGUCCCACAACCUCUGCUUUGCACCUAAACAUGGCUUUGUGUUACUUGUGAAUGAGACAUGUCACAUCUUAUGUACUUUCAAACAACAUAUGGGAAACUGAAUAACAUAUGCACAAGUAAAAAGUAUAAGAUUGAUAGGCAAUAGUAAGUGGACUGGUUGGCUGAUUGGUGAAUGCAAAACAUUUCAGUUAAAAUGAAUGUUUGCUCUUGUAACAAUCAUUUGUUGGUUUUGCAUGGCAAGUGGAUGGGUAUAUCAAUUUCAAUAAGCAAUCCUAAAUCCAUUACAUAUUUUACAUUGUAUCUAUGCAUUUACUUCCUAUAAACCUGACUUCAAAGUGGUUCUCCCCAUUUCAUUUUCUUGCACAUAGUUUGUAAAAUGAUACAUUUAUGAGUGGUGGAAUAAAAGUACUAAUGAAAUGGGAUGAUUACUAAAAACAGUAAAAGUCUCAUGCUUAAAUUAAUCUUGCUUCGUUUUAAAAAUUAUGCUUUCAUGUUACUGUGUUAAGAAAAACAUGAAACAGUGAGCAGGGGUUAAUAAAGACUCCUAAAUUCGGUCCUUUGUUUGAAGUAUGGACUUCUGAAUUACAUGUAUCAUGGUUCAGCAGCAAUGUGACUCUUCCACUCACAUGAUAUGUGAAUUAUACUCACUGAAAGCUGUCCUUGCUUAACAGAACGUACACCAAUACUGUACUGUAUAAUUUGUUACACUGCUAGAAUGAUAUUUAAGUGCCAACUGUUAUGAAAUGAUACAAAGAUGUUAUCUAAGGAACAAAUAUUGAAAUAUGGGCAAUACUUUAUCAACAUCUCAAGGUUUAUGCCACUGAAAAAGAUACACAAUCCCUACUGCGUAUGUUAAAGUUUUUAAGUAAUUAGUUUUAUUGUAUUGUGUAUACUGACUGCAGCUGUACACACAUCUGUUUUGUGUGGAUAUAAAAAAACUUGGAUAUGUCAAAGAAAGUUGGUUGCUUAGGUGGAACUCACACAGAAAAUGUCCUGAAAGCUGCAGACACAGAAAACUAUUACAUGCAAAUCAAAAUCAAAUUAAAUUUUUCAGUUGCCAUGGACAAAGUACAUUUUUCAUAUAUAAAUAUAUUUACUUAAUUUUUUUAUUGCUACCUGUAGCUUUUAUAGUCUGACAGAUUGGGUAUUAUAUUUUUAAUAUGUAAAAUAGUAUAUAAGGCAGAUACCCUUUCAUUAGAACCUGACAGGUUACUUAUUAGUAUUCUCUGUUGAAAUGGCAUCUCUGAAAUAAUGUACAGAUCUGGCACUUAAUAUGUAUGACAUACAAUCCCAUUCCACACCAUAGUCUGGAAUGCACAACUUUUAUAAUUUUAUGAUUUCAUGCCAAAAGACAUCUGAGCAUAAUUUCCCAUACAAAACAUCUGUGAAACAUUUCGUGUACAUUUGUUAAAUGUAGCAACUUUGUUAACUUUAUUAAUAUUGUGUUCUCAUGAAUAGCAAUCUUAGAAGUUUCAUAUCCAAGCCUAUGCUUACCCACUUACUCAAGAUAAGUAGAUUACUUGCUCAGAUAUUCUAAAUUGCGUUUUGAGCAUAAAGGCUACAGCAAAUAGUAACACACUAGUGUUAUAAAUGUUUACUGUAAUGCAAUCAAUGCGCACAGGUUUAUUGAUAUGAAAUUUCUAAUUUUACAUGUAAAAACAUUCAUAUUAUUUUUUUGCCUUGUUAAACCAAAAAUAAUUUUUUUCAUAUGUACAUAUCCAUGGUAAAUAUUGUUGUAUAUCAUAUACAAUAAAAUUGUUUUCCC